AGCGAGCGAGAGAGCAAGAGAGAGAGAGAGGGAGACUUUAAAGGGAGCCAGCGGAAUGUUAUCUCUCAAAUCAUCCGAGGCACGAGGACCAGCACGCGUGGCUGUUAGGAUGACUGGAGCAAUGUUGCACUAAUCCACGGGAAACAGAAAGGACAGCCUGAGACGAUACUUUCGUAUAUCUAAUCGAUCUUAUCUGAGGACGCGUGUCCAUUGUUAGCCACACACGGGUCAGAGGGCAACACAUCUCCGAGCGUGCGUUGCCGGUCCUUAUAUUUAUAUCCAUUCUGUAACUCUGCUUACGGGAAUUUCAUGAUAUAUCAACACAAAUCAUCGUUGCCAACUGCGAGAAAUAAGUGACGAGGAAAGUAUUACUAAAAUAUGCUGUUGCUGAUGCUGAAAUAAAUAUUCAGAAAGCGCAAUGGACAGAUGAACAUGAAUCAGUGACUGAAAACAGACUUGAUAAAGGGGAUUUGAGGGAAUAAAUUGAUUCUCCUCCAAUUCAUCAUCAACAGAGGGCAGUUAACAAUCAGUGCACCACUGAAGCCUUGAUCAAACGGAUCUGAAAAUGAUGCUGAGUCCCGAUCAGACGGAUCCUGACCUCACCUGGACACAACCGGACGAGGAAUGUCUGAACGUCAUGAAGGUGGAGUGUGUGGCCCACGAGCCCUUAGAGGCCGAGGAUGGCAAGACUCGCGCACUCGUGCCAGCCGCGCUCACCAGAGAGGAGAAGAGACGGAGGAGGCGCGCGACCGCCAAAUACCGUUCUGCGCAUGCCACGCGCGAGCGCAUCCGAGUGGAAGCGUUCAACGUAGCGUUCGCUGAGCUGAGAAAGCUGCUACCAACACUUCCACCCGACAAAAAGCUGUCAAAAAUCGAAAUACUUCGCCUAGCUAUAUGUUACAUUUCUUAUCUUAACCACGUUUUGGACGUUUAAACGAACAUUUACCAGUACCUUAUAACAAAACCCUACAAAU